AGCCUGUCCCUCACCUCUGGGGUUCACCCAAGUCUAACUUAGCAUUGGGAAGGGGAAAAAAAAUCUCUGCUACUAAAGAUUCUCUACCCAACAUCCAUCCACCAAACCACAAACCCCAUUUCAGCAGGUCGUUGUCAAUACCGCCAAAAUGGUCAACUUCACGAUCGAGGAGAUUCGGGCCUUGAUGGACAAGCCCACGAACGUGCGCAACAUGUCCGUCAUUGCGCACGUCGAUCACGGCAAGUCCACCCUGACCGACUCCCUCCUGGCCAAGGCCGGUAUCAUCUCGUCCGGUAAGGCGGGAGAAGCUCGUGCGACAGAUACUCGAGCAGACGAACAAGAACGUGGCAUCACCAUCAAGUCCACGGCCAUUUCCCUCUACGGCUCCCUGCCCGAUGAGGAGGAUAUCAAGGACAUUGUGGGCCAGAAGACAGAAGGCAAGGACUUCCUUAUUAACCUGAUCGACUCCCCCGGCCACGUUGACUUCUCAUCCGAGGUCACUGCUGCUCUCCGUGUCACCGACGGUGCUCUCGUCGUCGUCGAUACUGUUGAAGGUGUGUGCGUCCAGACCGAGACUGUGCUUCGGCAGGCUCUUGGUGAGCGCAUCAAGCCGGUUGUCAUCAUCAACAAGGUCGACCGUGCGCUCCUCGAACUUCAGGUCUCCAAGGAGGAUCUGUACCAGUCCUUCUCCCGUACCAUCGAGUCGGUCAACGUCAUUAUCUCAACCUACCUCGACAAGUCGCUCGGUGAUGUCCAGGUAUUCCCCGAGAAGGGCACUGUCGCCUUCGGUUCCGGUCUCCACGGCUGGGCUUUCACCAUCCGCCAGUUCGCCCAGCGGUACGCCAAGAAGUUUGGCGUUGACCGGAACAAGAUGAUGGAGCGUCUCUGGGGCGACAACUACUUCAAUCCCGCGACCAAGAAGUGGACCAAGAACAGCACACACGAGGGCAAGCAACUUGAGCGUGCUUUCUGCCAGUUCAUUCUGGAUCCCAUUUUCAAGAUUUUCUCUGCGGUCAUGAAUUUCAAGAAAGACGAGAUCGCUACCCUUCUCGACAAGCUCAACCUCAAGCUUCCUUCCGAGGACCGUGAGAAGGAGGGCAAGCAGCUCCUCAAGGCUAUUAUGCGGACCUUCCUCCCGGCUGCCGACUGCCUGCUGGAGAUGAUGAUCCUCCACCUCCCGUCGCCCGUCACUGCUCAGAAGUACCGUGCCGAGACUCUCUAUGAGGGUCCUCCGGACGACGAGGCUGCCAUCAGCAUCCGCGACUGCAACCCCAAGGGCCCGCUCAUGCUUUACGUCUCCAAGAUGGUGCCCACAUCGGAUAAGGGUCGCUUCUACGCCUUCGGCCGUGUCUUCUCUGGUACCGUCCGCUCUGGUCUCAAGGUCCGCAUCCAGGGCCCCAACUACACUCCAGGCAAGAAGGAGGAUCUGUUCAUCAAGGCAAUUCAGCGUACUGUCCUCAUGAUGGGUGGCAAGGUCGAGCCCAUCGACGACAUGCCUGCCGGUAACAUUGUCGGUCUGGUCGGCAUUGACCAGUUCUUGCUCAAGUCGGGUACCCUCACCACUAGCGAGACCGCCCACAACCUCAAGGUCAUGAAGUUCUCGGUCUCGCCCGUCGUGCAGCGGUCCGUCCAGGUCAAGAACGCCCAGGAUCUUCCCAAGCUUGUCGAAGGUCUCAAGCGCCUGUCCAAGUCUGAUCCUUGCGUCCUGACCCUCUCCUCGGAGUCUGGUGAGCACAUUGUCGCCGGUGCUGGUGAGCUCCAUCUCGAGAUCUGCUUGAAGGAUCUUGAGGAGGAUCACGCCGGUGUUCCUCUGAUUAUCUCGGACCCCGUCGUCCAGUACCGCGAGACAGUCACCGAGAAGUCCAGCAUGACCGCCCUCUCCAAGUCUCCCAACAAGCACAACCGUCUCUACAUGGUCGCCGAGCCUAUGGAUGAGGAGCUUUGCAAGGAGAUUGAGGCCGGCAAGAUCUCGCCUCGUGAUGAUUUCAAGGCCCGCGCUCGUGUCCUCGCCGACGACUUCGGCUGGGAUGUCACCGAUGCCCGCAAGAUCUGGGCUUUCGGUCCCGACACCACCGGUGCCAACUUACUCGUGGAUCAGACCAAGGCCGUCCAGUACCUCCACGAAAUCAAGGACUCGGUCGUGUCCGGUUUCCAGUGGGCCACCCGUGAGGGUCCCCUUGGUGAGGAGCCCAUGCGCAGCAUCCGCUUCAACAUCCUCGAUGUCACCUUGCACGCCGAUGCUAUCCACCGUGGUGGCGGUCAAAUUAUUCCCACUGCUCGUCGUGUGCUGUAUGCUUCAACUCUUCUGGCUAAGCCUACUCUCCUUGAGCCCAUGUUCUUGGUCGAAAUCCAGGUGCCUGAGUCUGCCAUGGGUGGUGUCUACAGCACUCUUACCCGCAGGAGAGGCCAAGUCUUCGGUGAGGACCAACGCCCUGGUACUCCUCUGUUCAACAUCAAGGCCUAUCUCCCCGUCGCCGAAUCAUUCGGCUUUAACGGCGAUCUCCGUGCCAACACGGGUGGCCAGGCUUUCCCCCAGAUGGUGUUCGACCACUGGGAGGCUCUGCCCGCUUCGAUGGGUUUCCCUCUGGAUGGUGUCAGCAAGGCUGCGCAGAUUGUUCAGGACAUGCGCAAGCGCAAGGGUCUCAAGGUGGAGAUUCCGGGUGUCGACAACUACUACGACAAGCUAUAAGCUACGCCUGCCGAUUGGCGUCCAAUUCCUUCUUUCAUAAUCCCUCGGCCUCAAUGAGUGUCGGUAUGCCGAGGGUAUCCGCCGGGGCAUAACGGAGUCCCGGAGCAUGGAAAGGAGGGGAAAACAAGAGAGGUGGUGGUGCUGAGAAAACAAAAGAAGAGCCCAAUCCUAGAGUUGGCACCAAAAUCUUUCUCGCCACGUUACGGUCUCGCCUGUUUGUAGUAACGUAGAAAUGAUUUUUUUUCGCACUCUGACCAAAUGCGCAUGAGAUUGAUACGUUUUAUUGAAGUCAGUUGGUUAUUAUGUUUUGGCCCAUUGCAGUUCCGUUAUCCGUCCGUUGAGUUUCAUAGGUAUCUGGUAGUAUAGAUACAGUUGUAGUCCUUUGGGCGCCAGAUCAAAACAUUCGAAUACCCUCCCAUU